AUGGAUACAGACAUUGUAAUUGUGACUGCACCCAAAUUUUUGGAUGGUAUUUCGUCAAUUAUUAAUCAACAAUCACCGCGUACCAUACAAAAUUAUAUGAUAUGGAAAUUCAUCAUAAAUCAAGCUGGGCAUAUGCCAAGACGAUUUCGAAAUAUUGUGCAACAAUUUAAUCAUGUGAUUCUUGGCACAAGUACUGCAGAGUCACGUACAAUUACAUGUGCCAAUUAUGUUAAUACAGUAAUGGGCUUGCCGGUUUCAAAACUCUACAUCGAUGAAUAUUUUGAUAAGAAUACUCGAAAAGAAACAACUGAAAUGAUCAACAAUAUUCGAAAUACCUUCAUCACGAUGGUCAACCGAUCGACAUGGAUGGAUUCCAAAUCGAAAAUUAUAGCGAUUAAAAAAGCUCGAGCUAUUAAAGCAAAACUUGGUUAUCCUGAUUAUUUAGAGAGUGAUGAUAUGACGAAACUUGAUAAGGACUUUGCUGAGUAUAAUUUCAAUUUAUCUUAUAUGCCGAAUGUUCUGAGUGCCAUGCAACUACAUUCCAAAGCAAGUCUUCAAAUGCUUCGUUAUCCUAUCGAUAGUAAAGAAUGGAGUGAUAUCUUGCCCACAAAUGUCAAUGCCAUACAUAGAUUAUCAGCGAACGAGAUCUUGUUUCCAGCUGCCAUACUUCAAACACCUUUAUUCGACAAAGAUGCACCAAAGUAUCUCAACUAUGGUGGUAUUGGCUAUAUUAUGGGACAUGAGAUUGCACAUGGAUUUGGUGAUGAAGGGAAAGCAUAUGAUCUGAAUGGAAACAAAGUUUCAUGGUGGACUAAUGCGACUGUCAACGCAUUUAACAUACGUAAAAACUGUAUCGUCGAACAAUACAACAACUAUACUUUGGCUCAGGUCAAUCUUACGGUAAAUGGACAAAAAACAAAAGAUGAAAACAUCGCCGACGAUGCAGGACUCAAACAGGCUUUUUUCGCAUAUCAGCAAUGGGCUAAGACUCAUAAAAAUGUUGACAAGAAACUUCCCGGUUUAACCAAAUAUUCAACAGAACAAAUGUUCUUUAUGAACUUUGGUCAUACAUGGUGUACGAAAAUGACAAAUGAAGCUGCGCACUCCUAUAUUAACAGAGAGGUGCACUCACCUGAACAAUUUAGAGUACGUGGUCCCACCUCGAAUUUUGUUGAAUUCAAUCGAGUAUUCGGCUGCAUAACAGGUCAAGGCAAUAGUCGAGUGAACAAGUGCAACGUAUGGUAG